UGGGGGCGCCCUGCCCCUGGAGCAGGAAUGGUGCCCCCGGGGAAGAAACCAGCUGGAGAGGCCUCCAACUCCAACAAGAAGUGCAAGCGUUACCUCAACGAGCACUGGAAAGAGGAGUUUCCCUGGCUGGACUUCGACUCCCAGAGGGAACUGAUGUUUUGCCUCGAGUGCCGCCGCCAGGCUCUGGUGAGGAACAAGCACGGCAAAGCCGAGAACGCCUUCACCGCGGGCACCGACAACUUCCAGCGCCACGCUCUGCUGCGCCACGUGACCUCGGGGGCCCACCGCCAGGCUGUCAACGGGGGCCAGCCCACCUUGGAGGCCGGGGGAGGAGGGGCCUACCCAGGCCUGGCAAGCACCCCUCCCUCCAGGGGCGUCAAGGUGGAGGUGGACCUGGCCAAAGUGGCUGUGCUGACUGCUGUGUACUGCAUGGCCAAGGAGGACGUGCCUGAUGACCGCUGCUCUGCCCUGCUGGAGCUACAGAGGUUCAACCUGUGCCAGACACUGCUGGGCACAGAACGUGGCAAUUACUACAGCCCCAGGAGGGUGAGGGACAUGCAGGUGGCCAUCGCUGGUGUCUUGCACGCAGAGGCCUGCCAGUGCCUGCAGGCGGCCCCCUACGUGGGGCUGGUGUUAGACAAGACCACGGACUGUCCUGAGUCCCCCAGUCUGGCCCUGUUUGCCACUUCGGCGUCCCCCUGCGACGGCCAGCCUGCCACCACCUUCCUAGGAAAUGUGCAGCUACGGGAGGGCGAGGCCACUGCUGGCCAACUCCUGGACGUCCUGCAGGCCUUCGGCAUGUCUGCACCCAAGCUGGCCUGGUUCAGCUUGAGCCUCCCCAGGGACCGCCUGGGGGGUGUGGGCCUGCAGCUCUGGGCCACCUGCCCACUGCCUCUGGAGGUCCACGGUCUCCCCGGCCGGCUGGCCCCCAAGCCCCUGGCCUACCUAGGUGAAUAUGAAAAUGUCCUGGAUGCCCUGUUCUGCCUCCACGGCCGCCCCAGUCACCACAUGGUCCCUGCACUCCAGACGGCACUGGACCUUGUGGCCGUCGACCUGGCAGGACCCCGGCCAGUGCCCUGGGCCUCCUUGCUGCCUGUCGUGGGAGCAGUAGCUGAGGCUUGGCCCUGCCUGGUGCCCACGCUGGAGGCCUCUGCCCCUGCCUCACCAGCAGCUAGGGCCCUGGCCCUCGCCCUGCGCCAGUUCACCUUUGUGGCCUUCACCCACCUGCUCCUGGACACUCUGCCCUGCAUGCAGAAGCUCACCUUUGUCCUGCAGCCAGAAGACUUGGACUUGGCCUUGCUGCAGCCCCUGGUGAUGGCAGCUGCCGCCUCACUCCAAGCUCUGCAAAGCUCCGGUCGCACACACCUCUAGGGCUUCCUGCAGGAACUGGCAUCCUCCAGCCCGGACUUGGGCGGUGGGCACUGUACCUACCGUGGCCUGGAGCUGGUUGGCUACUCCAAGGCUGCAGUCCGGGGCUUGGAGCAGCUGCAGGGGGCCUUCUUGGACUCCAUGUGGAGCGGGCUGCGGGACUCCUACCCUGCACCCUCGCUGGACGCUGCAGCUACGUUUGCGCUGAUCUUCGGUCCCCACCGUUACCCACAGGCACCUGAGGAGUUGGGCACGUACCGCGAAGGGGCGCUGCGGCUCCUGCUGCGUGUCUACGCCCGGGCUGUGGUCGACUUUACGCUCUUCAAGCGCGUGGUCUGCAGCCUGGGGCAGCUGAGCCCACGGGCUCUGUGCUCCAAGCUGGCAUGCGCACACUCCGAGCUACACGAGCUCUUCCCCAACUUCGCAGCCCUCGCCACCCUGGCCUUGGCAUUGCCCGCGGGCGCUGGUCUCCUGGACAAGGUCGGCCGCAGCCGGGAGCUGCGGUGGUGGGGGCAGGGCGGGGCAGGGGAAGGCUGAGGCGACCCUGUGGUCAAGAUCGCUGUGGAUGGUCCCCCACUGCACGAGUUUGACUUUGCGAUGGCCAUGAAGUUCUUAGAAAGUGGGUGGGAGGAGGGGCUGCUGGGAUCGAAGCUCACGGGAGGGUGGCCUCCUUCUUUCUAACCAGCCAGCCUGGGUCCCUGGGCACUCAAGGGCCAAGCUGGACUUGACCAUGCUGCAUCCGAGCUGACUCACUAACUGUGACCUUCCACCCACCUUCCCCAUGCUUCCUCUGCUCCACGCUGAGUACUACCCCAGCCCCGUGGGCUGUGGAGGAGGGGUGGUUCAAGGGGGAUCUGGCAAGUGGGCAGAGUAUGCUAGGCUCUGGGGUACCCUAAAUAUUUUUCCCGACCAUUCUAGAAUUCGGUGAGGAGUAGCUCACCCCUUUCCCCCUGGACUCAUCUCAAGUUUCGGCCCUAAAACGUUGGGGGUGGGGGUUCUUGGUGCGGGGGAGGAAGACGGCGUCUCCAGAAUGAAGGGAUCGAGGGAAAGAAGAGUCGAUGGGUCCUUGACUGCUUCUCAGCUCCCCGCUGGCAGCACCUCUUCUGAUGUGACUGGGCAGGAGCAGAUGGCUGGCCUUGUUUCCGACCCGCCGCACAGCACAGCACCGCUCUGUGCGCAGGCUCUCGGCUGGGGGGGUGGGGGGUGGCCGUGGCACCCUCGCUCCCCUUCUCACCCCUAGGCCACCUGAGGCUUUUCUGUGUGUG